AACAGCUGUCUAUAAGAGUGAUACAAGUUUGAACACAUUUUAAAUGUUCUAAAUACGUGUCUUUGAUUUUGAAAAAUAAGAUAUGUUAUAUUUCUAUUUCCUUAUAAGCGUAGGUUAUGUUCUUUCCUUUCCAUUGGAACAGUGCGAUAUGAAAAAGCUUCACUUAAGGUUUAUGCUGGACUGCCGAGAUGAUAUUGAAGAACAAAUGAACAUAUUCAAUCAAACACAACAGUUUUUUUUUACUUAUAGAUACUGGAAUAUCCCAGAAUUCACUUUAAUGACCUAUUCACACGAAGGGAUCUAUCAGAUACAAAAUGUGACAGAUAUUGAGAAAAUAAACCAAACAUGUCCUGACAAAAUUACCAGUAAGUACCUUGCCAAUCAAUCACUGGCGUGGAAUCUGACUGAAGAAUGGAGUGAGUCAGAGAAAAACAUAAUCCGAAUAAUUGUAAUAAUGCAUUCCUAUUUUAUCCCUUGUAAGGUACGGAGUGGAUUUAUAAAAAAUAAUGUUAAAAAUAGGAAGCUCUAUUUUUUUAUUUCUGUCCUGCAAUCGGACACUUUUUUGAAACACUGUUCGAUAAAAAAUCAUUUUCUGCCUUUAAAAGCUUUUCAUGAAUUUAACAGCGAAGUAUUUUAUUACAGACUUUGUUACAGUCAGUGUAAUGCAACUGCUGCUACUUUUAAGAAAGGAACUUUUUUAGUUUCAUCCUAUGAUAAACUAGAAAGUACGACAAUAUCCAGCAAUGAAGCUCGCCAGUACUGUGCAGCGAAACAGAGGGCGUAUUUAAUUUCCUUGGAAACUUAUGACGAACUGGAAUUUAUUUUUCAAAAAUUUGGACAAAAAGGGUUUGCCAUACAUAUAGGACUCAGUGUAGAAAUCGAAGGCACGCCACAGUGGGCAUCGUCGAACCCGUUCACAUUAAAAUACAAUUACUCUCCGAAAUAUUCGUAUGUGGAAAAGCGUAACAAAAUUAAGAAAAAUAAUAGAGUUAGACGUUUUUAUGAUGGUGGUUUUGACGAAAAUUGGCAUUAUUUAUCAAUGCAUUAUGAUGAUAAUGUAGAGAUAUCUUAUGAUUACGAAAUAAAAAUCAUAUCGCACCUAAAAAAAUGUUUUUUUAUAAGUAAGGAAACAAAAUAUAUCAGUGGAAAAAUUCUACACUCUAGCCUCAGUAGCACUGGCGUUUUUCAUAUUAUUAAUGAAGAUUGUGAUACAAAGAUUGAAAACUCACUGGCUUUAUGUGAAUGCCAUUUCAGUAUUUCUAUGAAUCAAAUUUCAAUGGAAACUCGAGAAACGGAAGACACUUUUGUAAAAGAAAAUUAUAUUUCAGAUUUUCGUGCAAUGAUUAGUUUACAAAAAACCUCUUUUCAAUUGAUCAACUGUCAUCAUCCCAUGAAUUCCUCUAAUCAUAGUGAAGCACAAAAUGUAUGCAGCAAAUACGUACCUCACAUUGUCCAACUUUACCCGAACGUAACUAGUGAUUGGCUAAACAUGCUUUUGAAAGCAGAAAAUGGCCUAAAUAGUCUACGAACAGUUAACAUCUCCAGCUGUAAGUUUAAUGGGAAAUGUCAGAAACAGCAAAAUUGUGUAAAAAACAUUAGCUCCUGCAAACACUGGGAUGAAAGUGUCCAGCAACCAACAUCAACAAAAGCAAAUUUAAAGACAUUUAAUUGUGAAUCUGGUGGGACAGCAUUUCAGUGUAUUAAAUUUGCAACACGUUCACUAAAUUGUAAAGACAAUUCUCAUUUACAGCAAUGUGAGCGCUAUACAUGUCCUCCUAAUUUUGUAAAAUGUUAUAACUCUUUCUGUAUUCAACCUGACAUGAUUAAUGACAAUGUCAAAGAUUGUCCUCAUGGAGAAGAUGAAAUAAUUUUGCCAAAAAAUGACACUGAGCAAUGUUUUGGGAAUGUCACAGCCUAUGUAAAAGAUCUUUGUCUUAGCAAUCUUUAUCCCCAUAAAGUACCAAGUAAUCAAUAUCAUUGCUCCCCUGCUUGUCCCGAGAAUUUUACUUGCUUUUCAAACAGACGAUUAGUUCACAGCACAAUGUCAAUCGACAUUUACACAUUUCGUUUCCCAGUCUAUGUUAGUUCUGACUUGUAUUUCUCAGAAAUGAUUUCAGCUUAUUUUCCAAUUCUACAUACCAUUUCUAUUUCUGUUCAAAACUGUAAAAUAGAAAAUUUCGACUCGACAUUUAAGAAUUGGAGGCUUUCAAAUCUACAGGAAUUGAAUUUAAGUUUCAAUGACUUGAAUAGUAGUAACAAUAUGACUUUGUUUCACGAUAUGAUCAAAUUAACUUUUUUAAAUCUUUCAAAUAAUCCAAGACUCGGAAUAAAUCAAAAUUUCACAUUCCCAGAAAAUUUGGAAACCCUCGAUCUCUCUCACACUUCAUUUAAGUCCAUUAGAGUGAAUAUGUUUCUUAAUUUAAAACGACUAAAAUAUCUAGAUUUAAGCAGCACAAGAGUUGUAACAUUUAGAGACUUGGGAAUACCGAAGUUUUACACGCUAGACACCUUGUAUUUGAAAAAUGUCACAAUCUCUCAAAUACGCAAAGAUUUUUUUAAAGGAAUGACCAUUCGGACUGGAUUGUGGACGAGUGACUUUACAUUAUGUUGUCCUCAAAUUUUAAAUGCAAAUAUAUCUGUGGACAAAUGCCAUGGACCUGCUGACGCCAUCUCUUCGUGCAAUCAUCUCAUUGGGGACGUGUUAAAGAGAUUGGUCAUUUGGAUUGUCGGUAUCAUAACAAUAGUAGGUAACGGGAUAGUAUUAAUCUACAGAUUCGUGUGGAAUCGAGAAGUAUUUAAGAAAGCUUAUGGUCUUUUUGUCACAGGUCUUGCAUUAUCGGAUUUCCUUAUGGGGAUAUAUUUGAUGAUUAUUGCAAGCGUUGACAUUGACUAUAAAGAUAUGUAUGUCUUGGAAGAGAAACACUGGAGAAACGGGACGUUGUGUCAGAUCUCUGGGUUUUUAUCCACUCUCUCCAGCGAAACAUCAACUUUCUUUAUUUGUUUGAUCACUUUAGAUCGUUACUUGAGCAUCAAUUAUCCGUUUGGUGAAUAUAAAUUAACAAAAACGUGGACUCGUAUACUAUUUAUAUUAGCUUGGUUAGUGGGCAUUGUCCUGGCAGCUGUUCCUUUAGUCAUUUCUAGUUGGAAAAUUUAUUCUACUAACGGUCUGUGUUUGGCUCUUCCCUUUAGUUCUAUUCGUUUCAGCGGCUGGGAGUUCACUUUUGUCGUUUAUGUUGGAGUUAAUUUUGUUUUAUUUUUACUUAUCGCCUUUGGUCAAGUGGCCAUCUUUGUCAACAUAACUCGCAGAAAGCAGUCUAUGCCGAGCUUAAAAAAAUGUCCCAAAAGAAGAUUAGAAGAUUUAGCCGUUGCCAGGAAGCUUGCUUUUGUUGCUAUGUCUGAUUUUCUGUGCUGGUUCCCUAUCGGAAUAAUUGGAAUCUUGUCAAUGAAAGGACACACAUUUGACAGCGAUGUUUACGCUUGGUUUGCGGUGUUUGUCUUACCCAUAAAUUCAGCGUUAAAUCCAGUCAUCUAUACCAUCCCUACUGUAUAUGCCAAAUGUAAACCAAACCAGCAAAAUAAUACAAAAACAAAUUCAAGUCAAUUAUGAUUAUCGAUACUAUACAGCAGUCUUUCUCACCAUUUGUAUUAACAAAGUCGACACAUCUUUUCUUCUUGGAAAAGGUAAAUGCGAGGGAGGGGUGGGGAAACUAGCUGCUUGAGUUGUUCCUAGGAGGAGUUGUCGAAUCAAAGAUCCCACGUUUUAUGCUUUAGUUGCUCCUAGGAAGAGUUGUCGAAUCAAAGAUCCCACGUUUCAUGCUUUAUUUGCUCCUAGGAGGAGUUAUCGAAUCAAAGAUCCCACGUUUCAUGCUUUAGUUGCUCCUAGGAGGAGUUAUCGAAUCAAAGAUCCCACGUUUCAUGCUUUAGUUGCUCCUAGGAAGAGUUGUCGAAUCAAAGAUCCCACGUUUCAUGCUUUAUUUGCUCCCAGUAGGAGUUGUCGAAUCAAAGAUCCCACGUUUCAUGCUUUAUUUGCUCCCAGUAGGAGUUGUCGAAUCAAAGAUCCCACGUUUCAUGCUUGAGUUGCUCCUAGUAGGAGUUGCCGAAUCAAAGAUGCCACGUUUCAUGCUUUAUUUGCUCCUAGGAGGAGUUGUCGAAUCAAAGAUCCCACGUUUCAUGCUUUAUUUGCUCCUAGUAGGAGUUGUCGAAUCAAAGAUCCCACGUUUCAUGCUUGAGUUGCUCCUAGUAGGAGUUGUCGAAUCAAAGAUCCCACGUUUCAUGCUUUAUUUGCUCCUAGUAGGAGUUGUCAAAUGAAAGAUCCCAUGUUUCGCUCUAACCAGGACGUCCAUUCUUUCGCUAUUUUAAAAUUUACCAUUCUCUCUUAUUAAAAUUUGUGUUCCUUUAUGUAUCUAAAAUUGCUUCUGCACUUUGUAUUCAUGAGAUAAAAACCUAAAAAAAACACCAUUUUUCUUACAAUAAAUGUAUGUCACGUAUUAAAUA